AUGAAGCUUUCUGUACUCGUUGCCGUUCUGGCUCUUUCGUCCGAGGCCUUUUCUGCAUGUGCCAACACAUGGCAGAAAUGCAAGCCAGGGGACGCAAACAUGUGCGAGUGCAGUGGAAGCCACAUAAUGAAGUGCCUGCCAUCUUUCCCUCAUCAUGGGAAAAAGAAGUUGGUGUUUGCGUAUCGGAAGCUAUAUGUUUGUCCUAAGAAUUGGCAUCUGUGUACUCAAAUCACUGUGAUAAUUCCCCUGAUUUCGACUGUUUAUUGA